UUUUGAGCUAGACAAAGGGCUUUAUAAGAAAAGAGGCAAGUUCAGUUGUGUGACUGACUAACACCAUAAGCUUCUGGUCUUUCCUGAGAGAGGGGUUGUCGGAAUCCCAAUUCAUAUUCCGCUGCCUGGCAGGACAGGAGACAAACAGCCAUGGAGACCCUUGUCAUUAAAGAAGAGGACGGAGAAGAGAAUCACAAAUCCUCUGGAGGCCCAGAGUUACCCCAGACUAAAGAUGAACCAGGGGAAUGUAGACCUGUUGAGGCUGGGGACAACCGGGGACAACCUGGGGACAACCCUCCCCAGUCUACCCCUUUGAGCCCAGAGGAUGUGCUGUGUGACUCUUGCAUCGAGAGGCCCUGCAGGGCCCUCAAGUCCUGCCUCACCUGCCUGGUGUCCUACUGCGAGGCCCACCUCAGGCCCCACUUGGAGAACAGCAAGUUCCACAACCACCGUCUGGUGGAGCCCUUACAGGACAUUGAGGAUCGGAAUUGUGACCUUCACAACAUGCCUCUGGAGUUCUACUGCCUGACUGAUGGAGUCUGUGUGUGUCAGGAGUGUCAGGAAGUCGAGCAUCGGGGACACAGCUCUGCACCCGUGGGGGAAGCUCGCAGACAGAUUGAGACAGAGCUGCAGAAGAAGCAGGGGGAGAUUGUAAAGACAAGCACCACGGCAGAGAAUGCUAUCAGCAAGUUGCAGAAGAACAAUGUAUCCAUCGAGGGUUCUGUGGCAGGGGUCCGUGCUGUCAUGGAGCGGGAGUUUGGCCUCCUGCAGCGGGCAGUGGAGGAGGCCGAGAGGGGAGUGGCAGAGCUGCUGGAGGGCGAGCAGAGGCAGGCGCUCAGCCAGGCUGAGGGCAUCCAGGCCCAUCUGGAGCAGAAGAGCGCCGAGCUGAAAAAGACCUCGGUCCGGCUUGGGAGACUCUGCAGGAACAAGAUUGAUGUUGACUUCCUGCAGCAAUACUCUGAGUGGAAGAAGGGGGCAGUGGACGUGUGUCUGCCUGACGUGCAUGUCAACCUCAUGGACCACUUGUCCUCCUUCAGCACUGUGCUGACUGAGGUCACCCAGGAGCUGUGUGGCCAGCUACUCUCCACAUACACACUCAGGUUACAGGGAGUCUGCAAGAGUGAGAAAUUUGCCCAUGCCAAGAUUACAGAAACUCAACCCUUGUCUCUGCCUCAACCCAAAACUCGAGAGGACUUCCUAAAACAUACCAUCAGUCUGAGCUUUGACCCAGACACCACCCACCAGUACCUGAGGUAGACUGAGGACAACAGAAAGGUGACCAACACCACGCCCUGGCAACACAGCUACCCUGAUACGCCUGGUCGCUUUGACCACUGGCGCCAAGUGAUGACCUCCGAGAGCCUUUACCUGGGGCGUCACUAUUUCGAGGUGGAACUGGGUGGGGAAGGGACUCAUGUGGGACUCUCUUAUAAAAGCCUCCACAGAAAGGGGCCGGAUAGCCGCUGCUGCAUCACAGGAAAUGACUUCUCCUGGUGCCUGGGGAAGGGAAGUAGAGGUUACUCUACCUGGCAUGCAGAUGUGGAGACACCCCUGGACGCCAGUCCGGUGACAAGGGCAGGGAUCUAUGUUGACUUUGCCAGUGGUUUGCUUUCCUUCUAUCAUGUGACUGAUUCCAUGACACUUCUUAAGCAGUACAAUGCUGACUUCAUGGAGCCUUUGUAUGCCACGGUCUGGCUCUCUAAGAAAGACAAUGUGGUCUCUCUGGGCAGUCUAGAGGAUCCAUUUCCACAAAAUAGCUAAAUUGUCAUAACUGCUGCUCCUUUAAAACCACCUACUGAUCCUAGAGUUAUAUCAGGGUGUGCAAUAACCUCCUGCACUACGGUCAGUGGGCAAGUAUGUUUGUUUAGUAAAUGGUAAAAGAUAAGGGACGGUACAAGAAAAAGAUUGUAGACAUCUGGUUCUGGUUCUAGUACACCAUCUAGUGGUGAUUGAAGAAUAUUAUAUGUGCUGGUGUUAGAACAGGACGUCCUAAAGGCAAUUGUAGAGUGAUUGUAUAAUAAA